CAAAACCUCCCCGAUAGGGGUUAAAUGUUGUCAACCUCCAUGAUACUGGGUAGCUUGUGGAUGUUCGUGUCACCCCUAUAUCUGCGUAAUCGUAUUGUUGUCCGAAGGCAGUUAGAUAGAAAGAUGAAAACAUAGAUGAAACCUCGGGCCGGGCAAAGAACUGUGCGCGAGUGUGCAUUAGGUGCGUGUCGUUCAAGAAAAAGGAAUAGAUGAGACAGAACGGGACGCGAACUGUUGGAAACUUGCGCAUUAUACAUACACAUAGUCUGGCGCUUUAGUCGCCUCGCCAAUCGUGCAACUUAGACACUAGAGAUAAGUGCGGUUUUGCCAGAUUCUGCUACCGAUGUCGCAACGGCACAAUCUAACCUCCUGAAAAAAACUAGCAGCGUCCUGAUCGAGGUAACUGUCAGUUCACGGUACGUCAUCGUGAAACACCUCGAUUAAGGUUAUUUUCUGUGUAACCGAGCUCGUAAUUAGUUCGUCAGCCGAUAAGCAGAUCUACGUACGCGACACACAUGGCUCACGGAUCGCUGCUAGAUGGUAAAUCAUAAUAAACUCGAACGCCGUGAAGCCAAGGAUAAGAAUAGUGUCUCAAUUGAAGAAUUGGAACGGAAUUCGCCACGGCUUUCACAGAGAUGGUUGGAUUGGCGGGCGGGGGAGGUCAUCUGUAUCCCUCGCCCCCAAUGCAACCUAAUCCAGAAUUGAGAGAAAUGACCGGAAUUGCUCCCAGUGCUCCGACUAGUGCAGAUGCUUGUCUAAGCAUAGUGCAUUCACUGAUGUGUCAUCGACAAGGUGGUGAGAGCGAAGGGUUUAGUAAAAGAGCCAUUGAAUCUUUAGUCAAAAAAUUGAAAGAAAAACGAGAUGAGCUGGAUAGCUUAAUAACUGCUAUCACCACCAAUGGAGCACAUCCCAGCAAAUGCGUCACAAUACAGAGAACUCUUGAUGGUAGGCUACAAGUUGCAGGACGCAAGGGUUUCCCACAUGUUAUUUACGCACGUAUCUGGAGAUGGCCGGAUUUACACAAGAAUGAAUUAAAACAUGUCAAAUACUGCCAGUUUGCUUUUGACUUGAAGUGUGAUUCUGUAUGUGUAAAUCCAUAUCACUAUGAGAGGGUUGUGUCUCCAGGCAUAGACCCGUUCUUUACAGACCUGUCUGGACUGACUCUGCAAUCGGGAGUGGGCGUAGGACCAGGUGGUAGAUUGGUCAAAGAUGAGUACUCUGUCGGUGGUGGAGGAACUGCAGCAGCUGGAGCAGUAGGAUCCGCGAUGGACGUAGACGGUGAAAUGAAUCAAACCAUUCAGCACCAUCCACCUGCUCAACCCGCUUCAUCUAAUAACACUCAACCGUCUCAACAGGCUUUUAUACCUGGCCUAGCACCGCCUAAUCCAACUAGUGGUGAGGGUAUGUUUGGCAGUAAUGGGGGAGGGAAUAAUGCUGGUAACCCCCACAAUAAAUUGGACGACAAUAAUUGCCCCAGGCAAACCUGGAUCCCCACACCUCAUCAUACUACGACACGUAACAUUCAUCAUCCAGUAGUACAUCCAAUGAGUCACACCGUAGGUAGCCAACAGCAGUCAUUGAGUACACCUAGCGGAGGAAACGGUACGCAAAUGCUCAGCCCUUCGCAAGGGCAGUCUACAGAAGCUUUCUAUGGAACCAACACGCCUCCUCAAGACCUUAAUCAACCUCCAAGCGUAGACGCGUUAACAGCGUCUUUAGGAGAAGGCCAAAACUCUCCUGUAUCACCUGUACAUAUUCAUCAUCCAAAUGGAUUUCCAGUGGGCACGGCUGCUUACAAUUCUGGCGCACCACAGUGGACUGGAGCCAAUACUCUUACAUAUACUCAGAGCAUGCAACCUCCAGAUCACAGACACCUUCAUCCUACUUCUUACUGGGGUGGUCAUGGAGGUGACGUGGGCGGUAAUAUCGGUGGUUUGCUCUCCACGCAACCAGCUCCCGAAUACUGGUGUUCCGUUGGCUAUUUUGAAUUAGAUACUCAAGUAGGCGAAACGUUUAAAGUUAGCAGUAGUUGUCCGACCGUCACAGUAGAUGGAUACGUCGAUCCGAGUGGCGGUAAUAGAUUUUGUUUAGGAGCGUUGAGUAAUGUACACAGAACGGAGCAAAGCGAGAAAGCACGACUACAUAUAGGGAAAGGAGUCGUGCUGGAUCUGAGGGGAGAAGGAGACGUCUGGUUGAGAUGCCAAAGCGAACACAGCGUUUUUGUACAAUCCUAUUAUUUAGACAGAGAGGCAGGUCGCGCACCCGGUGACGCAGUGCACAAAAUAUAUCCUUCUGCAUACAUUAAAGUCUUUGACUUGCGACAGUGUCACAAACAAAUGAGAGGACAAGCCGCUACUGCUCAAGCCGCUGCUGCGGCACAAGCUGCUGCCGUUGCGGGACACUUGACGCACGGUGCGCCAAUCACUAAAAGUCUCAGUGCAGCAGCUGGAAUAGGCGUAGAUGAUCUCCGACGACUCUGCAUUUUGCGUUUAAGUUUCGUGAAAGGUUGGGGUCCCGACUAUCCCCGGCAAAGUAUAAAGGAAACUCCGUGCUGGAUAGAGGUACAUUUACACAGAGCUCUUCAGUUACUAGACGAAGUUUUACACACUAUGCCAAUAGACGGUCCUCGGGGAAUUGAAUAAUUUAAUUUAUCUUUGAAUAAUACAUGCGAUACAAAAUAAAAGACAUCACAUUGCUGCAGACUCUGCAUCAAGUGUGCAAAAUAUAUAAAAUGCAAAUGCACACAUAACAUUGUGCAGUAUUUUUGCUGAGGAUAUCAACAGAAGCUGUUGGUUCGAAACGGAUACAGUGCGAGCUUCGAUUCGGGACGAGAUAAUUGCGUCGCAUUGGAACGUUCAGCGAAGUUUCUUUUAUAUAUUUUACACACAUGAUUUGUCGUGUAGGAUGAAAUGUGUGCCACGGCCUUGCAUUACCGUCAUCGUACAAACGUUAUGCAAAGGAAAUAUUAUUUUUCUUUAUGGAAAGUUAUUUUUUAAGAAGAAAGGGAGUGCAUCUACAAGAAGAAACAAAGGUAGGAUGAAAGACUUCUAUUUUAAUAGGCAGUCGGUGUCCGAUUUAAGAAAGAAAGAAAAAAGAUAAUACAUUUCCCACGGCAUGGCCUGGUGAGCUCAGCAAAGUGCGUGAGUAAAACGUGAUACUUUCGAAAACGUUAAUAGUCAUAAUCUCGUUUUUUGAGAUUAGCUUUGUAAGAUAGCUUAACUGACCUACAUCCUACUUAAAAAAAAUGAAAAAAGAAAGAAAACAAUGGCAAAUUUUAAGCUCAAUGUUUACGUCGGAUACAACAAACAAUGGAGAACAAAAAUGAAAUGUAUAUGUGUGCAUAGUAGGAAGGUUUUCUGAAGAAUGCAAUACGUCUCAAAGUACUGUCGGAUCACAGCUCUAGCACAUAGAAGUAUUAUAAAGAAAUAAAUAUCGCCGUUCUAUAAAUUUGUAGUAUCGAAAGUGGAGGUAUUGAUAGGGUAUGGUCAAGCAGAGAAUUCAACAUAGAUUUAUCGCGUAGUAAAAUAUUGAAUGGGAGCAACAACACUGAGAAAAGUAUAUAGCUGUACUAAAAAGUCAUAUUUUUAUCACGCCCUGUUGGUUGUGCUGACAGUAGUUUGGCACUGUGCUAUUGGAAGAACCUUCUGUAUUGUCGUCUGUUUUAUAAUUUACAACCAAAAACUAUCACUAAACGAAUACCUGCAAUAUUGGUUUCAUUGAUAAUGCUGUUUCAUGUCUUUUCUUUUUUUACCAUUACGUUCCCUUUAAGGACAUGAAUUAAUUCUAUAGUUAGUAUUAUUAUAAUUAUUAUUGGCGUGGUUAUUGGAGACGAGAACGAUCUGCGAACAUGGUACGAUCUUGUAUUUCAAAGAAAAAAGAAGAAGUAAUUGAUAAAGAACUGAUCAUGUUUUCUUGGCGGUUUAGAAUCUAUUCAGUUGUCUCCUCUCUAAUCAACCACCAAUGUUACUACUAUUACCAUGUAGUACUUGUUGAAUAAUUAUACUUACUGUUUACCAACCAUUUUAUUAUUCUAUAUUCGUACAAAAUAUUCUUAUAUAUAUGCUAUAUUUGAUAAUAUUAUCAUACAGAGAAAAAACGUUGACCAAAUUUUAUACCUAUCCGUAUAUAUAUACAUAUAUAUAUAUAUAAUACAUACACAUAUAUGUGCGUAUAUGUAUAUGUAUGCAACAGACGUUAUAUUGUCUUCAUUUGUUCUAGGCAAAGAGAAAAGAGUUUACUGCUUGUUUUAAAAACUAAUCGAUGCACAGUAUAGAUACUCGAAAUUCUUGCUUCUUUGUUGUAAUUGAGUAGAGAUUAUUUAGCUGUUUGUGUUCAUGUUGUUCUUAUAUUUCUUUAUGAUUACACUUGAUCAAGACGAGUUCUCAUUGACCCAAUCUGUAUAUAUAUAUCAUAUAAAAUAUAAGGAAUGCCGCGUCGAGCAUCGUAUCACACAAGCAAAGGAUGAGUUAAUCUUGAUUGAGCAAGCCAAUUCGUUUAUCGUGGAGUGUUUUGUUCUUCUAAUUAUGUAAAGUUAUGGAUCACCUUGCGUGGCGAGAAUGUGGUCGAGAAAGAAGCAAUCUAUCUAUCAGCACCAUUAAUUAAAAAAGACAAAUGAUCCGAAGGGAAGAAAGUAGGAGGAUUAACAGAGGAUAAGAAAACAAUACAGUGUACAGUAAAAAGUAACGGGAAGGAUGAUGAUGCAUUUGUUGAUGAAUGACAACAUGUGAAGAGUAAUGUUAUCGACUAAAUUAAUUUUUACAACGCCUGUAAUUUAAUAGUAAAAAUACAAAUGGAACGCUAUUUCCAUCACUUUUCUGUCCAUACCAAACGAGGAAGGAUACAGAGUUCAAAUAAUAAUAAAGAGAAAAACGAAGAAGGGAAAAAAUCGCGUUUAAGCAUACUUACCGCCAAGUUCGCUUUAGAAACAUAUGUGCCAUCGUUUUCAUACAUACCGUGUACGCAAAAUAACGAACAGGUGUAAGAUUUUUUAUAAAUCCUAUUUUUUACCAAGCUCAUGAGUCGCGGAUGCAACACACGUUUUAACUGUGGUGCUUCGGAACGUCCUAGACCCCCAUAGAUUUUACGGGAUCCAGAGAGCAUGGAGAGAAUGAGAGAGAGAGAGAGAGAGAGAGAGAGAGAGAGAGAGAAAGAAAGAAGAACUUUGUAUAUCUACAACUAAGUUGAAUUAAAUGUAUGCGAGAACGUGAUGUGCAUUGCAAAAGCUGAUAUGCGUUCAAAAAUCAAUUGUAGCAAUCACGAAUAGAUUUCAUUCACCCCAACCACCUGGUUCCACACGCUCCAUACAUAUACGCGUAUAGGUAUGACAUAAGAGAAAAAUUGGUACACACAAAAUAUAAUAGAAAGCUCAUUUUACAAUGAAAAUUAUUCUGCAAACGUGUUCAUACGAUAUUUUAUCGACGCCUCCGAACAAUAGUUUCGUACGUAACAUAUAAUUAGUACUGGUAUCAAAGUGCAAUAGCCCUGUCUCAUGUCAAAGAUACCAUAGCUGAUAGUUGUAAAAAUAAAAAUGGAACGCCUAUGUAACUUACGUUAACAAUUGAAAAAAAGGAUGAUAACGGUAAUUUAAAUAAGGGAUAACUAUACUCUAAUUAUUACAGCUUUUUUCCACUUUUACCAGGGUAGUGUAUGCGUUAUAUCUUGCUAUUUAAGGAUUCUACCGAUUUGCUUAAAUAUCACGAUCAAUGACGAAGUCUAAUGUUUCAUAAUUUUCAUUCUGUAUAGUAUUGUCAAUGCUGAUUUAAUUUGUAAUAACUGGUCAAAACAGGUUUAUUCAACUCCCAUCGAUCCCAUUUCUGUAACUCGUUUAAUUUAUAGCAACUUUACUUGAACCGUAGACGUAAUAAUGUAUUUUUUAAUGUGAGGCUUCGUCGUUAAUUACAGAUCUUGAGACUCAAA